GAUUUUUAUUUUAAAAUCGAUGUAUAUCGUGCACUCCUAAUUCAGUUUUUUGUAAUGUGUUAAAUAAGAAGCGUCAUAAUGGAAGAAUAUGCACGCGAACCAUGUCCUUACCGAAUUGUGGAUGAUUGUGGUGGUGCAUUCGCCAUGGGUUGUAUCGGAGGUGGUGUUUUCCAAGCAAUUAAAGGUUUUCGAAACGCUCCAUCAGGACUAAACAAGCGAUUGAUCGGAAGUGUGGCUGCAAUAAAAACUCGAUCACCCGUAAUAGCGGGAAAUUUUGCGAUUUGGGGAGGAAUGUUUAGUACAAUUGACUGCACCUUGGUACAUAUCCGAAAAAAGGAAGACCCAUGGAAUUCAAUUAUAAGCGGUGCUGCAACAGGAGGAAUCUUAGCAGCUAGAAAUGGUAUUCCUGCAAUGGCUGGAAGUGCCAUUAUAGGAGGAGUUUUAUUGGCUCUUAUUGAAGGUGUUGGAAUAUUAUUUACAAGAAUAUCUGCUGACCAAUUCAAAAAUCCUUCGCCACCAACUGAAGAUCCAGCUGCACUUGGAGAUCCAGUAAACAACUUCACGUUUGGCCCUUCCAACAAUAAGCAUUAUCAAUAAAAUAAGAGGUUCUCCAUAAUAAAAAAAUAUUUUUAUGCAUAAAAACAUAA